AUUUUAAUUUACGCAAAAAUAUGCCUAACCAAGUACCAGAAAGAGAAAAACCUAUUCUUGAAGCUCUUAUUGAGAGAAGGGAUCGUUUGAUCGUUUUAAAAAAAGAUAGAAGCAGAUCAAUAAGGGCUUCCGAUGUUACUGACAUAUUUGAUGAGGUCAUUGAGCUAAUUUCACACCUAAACACAGUUCGUGAAGAAUAUCUGACAGUUGAUUCUCAAAGUCAGGUCGAUGACACAUUGGACGACGUAUUCCAAUUGCUGUCGUUAUUCUUCAUGGCUUUAGGAAAAACUAAAGAUAGUGCAGCUUCUUAUGUGCAGUUGGCUACGAUUAAGCAAUGUUUAGAUCACUUAAACGAAUCUGGAGCUUAUACUCUAGCGGAACUGAUGCCAUAUGAAAAUCGUAUUAAGGACUUGCACGCUAUCAUAAACGACAAAAACAAUCCUGUACCUGAACCGUACAUGAAAUUAUUACAGCACAAGCUAUUGUCUUGCGAAACUGUACUACAGGUCUUGAUGGAUUCCGUUCAUACAAUAUCUCCUGAUCUCUUACCAAUUUAUGAGCAGCUAGUCAAAAUCAAGGAGCACCUUAUCUCUAUUCUUUCUUCAUCCAUCUCUUCUGUACCGCUUUCAUCCAUUACUCCGGUUCAAAAGGAAUUGCACUCGAUCGACUCACUCCGUGUUGAUGGCAGAUUUCUCUCCCCCGAUGGUUCUAUUCCGCCUGGUCAAGCUCAUGUAGUCGGUCUUCUGGAAGAGUGCUAUGAAGACAUCCACGAGCUGCUCGUUGCACAUGAUGAAGUAGCAGAAUCAUUAAAACCGACACGCGACAUAUUGGCAAACUUAAAGGAACAGUUAGAGGGAUUAAUUUUGACACAUCGUUGGACAAUGAGAGAGCCGGAUUUGUGGAGUUAUCAAAUGCAGCUGAAUGAAAUUGAUGGGAUGAGAGUGAAUGGCCAGUUUUACGAUGAUCAAGGAAACGUUGCUUCAGGACAAAAGGUCCUACUAUAUCUAUUGCACAGAUGUUACCGUUUAGUCUACAAAAUCUUAAGUGCAAGCGAGUCGAUAUCAGAGUUUUUAAUGCCAAUCCAUAACCAACUGCAUACUGUGCGAAAAUGUCUUCUCGAAGUGAAGAAAUGGGGUGGUCCGUUCACAGCUCGCGAAUUAUAUCCAUUUCAAAUGAAGCUAGCAUCCAUUGAUAACCUUCGUGUUGAAGGUAAAUUCCUUGAUGAAUACGGUACCGUUCCCCAUGGUCAAGGGCUUGUGAUGCUGCUGUUAAGCGAGUGCUAUGAUUUAUUGUACGAAUUGAAGGCCGACAUUAUUGAAGAGGAGGAAAAGUAA